UGAAGGCUCUUUACUCGAACACUAACAACUUAUGGCGAACUGUCAUCUGAUUUUGCAACCUCAAGUGGUGUCCGGCGAAGCUGUCCACUUUCUCCAUUUCGGUUUAAUUUCAUCAUAGACUUACUCAUGGAAAUAACGUUCUUAUCGUUUGAAUUUUCAGGAAAGGACCUACCAGUAGGUCCUCUUAUUGACUUAUUAUACACAGAUGAUGGUGAGAAAGUUGAUAAAAUGCAGAGUCUUUUGGUAGCACUGAGCAACAAUGCCAGGCUGUUUAGGAUGCGUUCCUGCCCAUCUAAAUGUAAAUUGUUACUUCAGGACUGGCAUGCAUCAACAACUUCAUUUAUCUUGAAAGUUCGGUCAGCCCUUAUGGGUUGGUGUCUGACGAAAGUCUGUUUGGCUUUUGCUAACUUAGAUCAUCUAUGGCGAAGGCGAGAUAUCCGUCUAUCAAUUAAACGAUGAGUAUACUGAGAAACAUUUCGUUUUGUUUUGCUUUACGGCUGCGGAACAUGGCCAUUAAAGGUUGAGAAUACCAGUAAGUUACUAGUAUUUGAUCACAGAUGUUUUAGAAACAUAGCUCUCAUCUGCUGGGAUCACCGAGUGGUAAGUAAUGGUAAAGUUAGAUGCAGGGUAUUGGGGAAUGAUAGUAAAUCAGUCGAUGAGGUUGUGAAUCUCCAUCGACUGUAAUGGUUGGGCCUGAAAACCGUUUACCACGAAUUGCAAUUCUGACCAGUGUUGGAGACUAUGGGAAGAUAGUUGGGGGUCGCCAAACCAAAACGUGGCAUCAGU